AUGGCGAUGUCGGUCGCAUUGAGUGUAUUCUUUCUCAGUGCAUCCUUAUUAUUUUUGUCGACGGAGAAUUCGUUUGCUCUGAGCCAACCGGCAGCUUCAGCAACGUUUACCCUCUUCUUUUCCGGCGUCUCCCUUUUGAUAUCUAGUUUUAUCGCCUCCACAUUCCCCGCAAUUAAAAAUGGUCGAAUGUACCCCGAAUACAUUCCGCUCUCAGAGUCGUCUUCCGACACUCCGCCCCCGUUGUCCCCGCCUUUGCCGUCCGGCGCACUAGAAAAACUGCGGAAGAUAACCAGUGCACAGAUACGGAAAACAUGUCUUGUCAUGGUACUGGCUGUGGUGAUGCUGUGCGUGCGGGUAGAAGUACAUCGUCAAGUCGUGAAACAUUCGCAGUGCGCUUUGAUCAAUGGUUUGAUCUUUCUACCUCUCAUAGUAGCAGCGUACGAGCAUUUUGGAAAAAGGCCAUCCGGCAACCUGCGAUUGCCAGAUACUUCCAAAUGGCAUUUCAACUAUCUAUUCGCGGCGACCUUGCUCACUGCCGCUGGAAUAUUGACAACAAUGUUGAAAAAUGGAUCCAAAACCACGUUUAUAUGCCCUUUACGAAGCCAUGAUUUUGGAAUGACACUAUUGUUACAGUUUUUGGGUGCAGCCCUUGACGUAGGCCUGACGGUGGUUUUGGGAACACUAGCCAACUGCUCUAUUGGCAGACUCGACGGCACCGUCUGGCAGGCAUCAACCCUCUGGGGAGUUGUGCUACUCCAUACUCUAAAACAAGGUAUACUUUUUGCGGCGGUGUGCGUCUCAGCAUCCAAGGCUGACACGAACUAUCAUCCGAUCAGUAUCCUUAUAUCCAAUGCGAAACGCGAGCAUGAGCGGUGGGUAACAAGGGCGGGUAAUAGCACCACCCUCAAGGAAGCUGUUGCUGAGUAUCGGAGACGUUACCACCAAGCUCCGCCUCCUGGUUUUGAUGCAUGGUACGAAUACGCUACCAAUCGGUCGUCAUUGAUUAUUGAUGACUACGAUCAAAUCUAUGAAGAUCUCCUUCCGUUUCGAGCUCUCGCCCCCAAACAACUCCGGGAUCUUGUCUUGUUAAUGACUGGGGAUGGGUGGAACGAUAUGGCGGCUGUACUGAUUCGAAACGGAAAAGCCGAGCCCCAAGCGGAGAUCAAGCCAACUCACCGGUGGAUGCUGGAAGGCAUUUCGCACAUGAUAGAGCCAUAUGCACGUUAUCUUCCGGAUAUGGAUAUUGCUUUCAAUAUCAACGACGAAUGCCGCGUCGCUAUACCUUGGGAACGGCUUCAGUUGAUGAAACGCGCAGUAAAAACCCGAAUUCCUUUACCAGACGAGAAAUUAGUCAAAUCGUGGUCAGAAAAUCGAGCGGAGUCUUGGGAGCGCAAUUCCACCGCGGAUCGGAGCUUGCGUCGUCCUUUUGUCGACCAUGCCUUUGAAAGCAUCUACAACCCGGUUGGGAGCUCGCUUUGCCCGCCAAACUCCAAAGCUCGUACAGCGUUCGUUUGGGAUAAACAGACGCUUUGCACUACUUGUAUCCAACCGCAUUCGCUCGAUCAAUUUCUCCAGCGCUGGAAGCUAUCUGGUGAUAUCUGUCAUCAGCCGGACCUAGCCUUUCUACACGGAUUUUUUCUAUCACCUGCGUCAUUCAAGCUUUCGCGGGACCUUUUGCCCGUUUUCAGUCAGAGCAAAGUUCCCGGCUUUAACGAUAUCCUUUAUCCAAGUUCGUGGAACUAUGUAGACAAGGUGAAGUACGAGCCUUCAGGCGAUCACCCAGAUCCGCCUUACUCCGAAAAGGAGCCUGUUGUUUUCUGGCGCGGCACAACGUCAGAAGGCAAAAGCAUCCAUGGAGCUUGGAAAGGCAUGGUUCGCCAGCGUUUUAUCCACCUUGCUAACAACCAUUCCUCCAACCAUGUCUCUGUACUCCUACCCACGGCAAAGACAGGUAAAUUCGCCUACAAAACAUUCAAAGGAUCACAAAUCCUUCCGUCUCUUGGUUUCAAUACGUCCGUUUUCAUUGCCGAAUCCGUUGCUCGCUGCGGUGGGAAUGACUGUGCCGCUCAGACCCGUGAAUUCGCCACCGUACCUAGGUCUGAUUUCCAGGACCAUUGGAAAUACAGAUUUCUCUUUGACAUGGACGGAGCGGGAUUUAGUGGACGUUUCCUCCCGUUCUUGACGAGUCGCAGCUUGAUUUUUCGCACAGCGUUGUUCCGUCAGUGGUUAGACUCGCGUCUUACUCCCUGGUUGCAUUUUGUGCCGCAGGAUCUGAGGCUACACGAUUUCUAUAGUACAUUAGCGUACUUUGCGGGUGCCAAAGAAAUUGACGAGGCGGGCAAAGUGAAAAAGGUGAUUAUGAAACCUCAUGAUGGUGAAGGGGAGUGGAUCGCCGAGGAAGGGAGAAGGUGGGCGGAGAAGGCUAUCAGGAAAGAGGAUAUGGAGAUAUACAUGUUCCGUUUGCUGCUGGAAUGGGGCCGGCUCACUGACGAUCGGAGAGAUCAACUAGGAUUCUACGUCCGGUCACGCGAACACGAGACGACCUCGCAUUAUCUGCUGCUCGCGGCUCCCUUGAACCUCAGUGAAUCAGCUGCCAAUGCAUUACAUUUACUCGGUGUAGUCGCUGUGGUUAUCCAUGAUCUUGCUAUCCAAGUCUUUACAACAUUUCAUUCAGAGGGUGGACCUAACCACCCGGACAAAGCCCCCUGGCCCGGGGGCACCUUCAUUCCCGAUCUCCGUCAUCCAAGCUAUAUGUGUUGGCACCAGUAUCCCCGUGGCCCCGCAGAGCUUGUGGGUUAUUGGGCCGAGGCAGAAAUCUUUGGAGGUGUAGUCGUGUUUGAGCACGGCUCGAAUGAUGAACUCCGAGGCGUUCACAUUCAUCCUCCAUUUCAACCGCUGUUCAAGCUUUCAGAAAGUCAACUUGAUGAAUUUAUCAACCUCUCGCAAUCAUCACAGGUACAACCCUCCCCUGGCCAGAGAUCAGAAUCGAAGAUAUUCGGCCAAUUUGCCCCUGAGCAGCAUACCUGCACAAUUAUCGAUGAUAUCGGGUUGUACCCGCAUAUAUACCGUGAUAAAUAUGAACGAGUACCGAAGAUACGACUACUAGAAGGAGAACAUAGAUGCGUACAACGCGGAAUGGUGACAGAGGAGAUGAGGGAGUUUGUCAAGGCUUUGCCACGCUAA